AUGGGAUCGCACAGAAAUGGGUUCACGAAAGAAAACUAUAUCGUCGCAGUGGAUGUGGGAACAACGUCAAUCAAAUGUCACGUUUACGACGAAAAGGCCGUUGUUAAGGGAUCAUGUAUAAGAAAGGUCGCUCCCAUAUAUCCGAAACCAGGCUGGGUUGAGAUGGAUCCUGAGGAAUUGUGGCGGGGAUUUCUGGAUGUUGUCAAGGGCGCUGUGGAAGACUCAGGUUUGGAAAUGAAACAAAUGCAAGCCCUCGGAAUCUCCACACAGAGAGCGACGUUCACUACUUGGGAUAGACACUCAGGGAAACCUUUUCACAAUUUCAUCACCUGGCAGGAUCUGAGAAGUGCUGAUCUGGUCAGGGCCUGGAAUGGAUCCAUGACUUUGAAGCUUAUACAUGGCGUUUCGAGUCUCCUGCACCUGCUGACCAGACAGAAGAUGUUCCAGGCGGCCAGCAUCCUGGUGUUUUCUACCCAGCACAUUACUCUCAGACUAGUCUGGGUCCUGCAAAACUACCCUAAGGUGCAGGCUGCUGUAGCAAACGGGACGUGCUUCUUUGGGACCAUUGAUACAUGGCUGCUUUACAAGCUGACUAAAGGCUCCGUCCAUGCCACAGACUAUUCAAAUGCCAGCAGCACGGGAAUUUUUGACACUUAUCAGAUGUGUUGGAGUGGGACGCUUUGCUCCAUCGUAUCCCUCCCUCUCUCCAUUUUCCCCACUGUACACAACACUGGUCAUUAUUUUGGGUGUACGGAUGAGAGCAUAUUUGGGGUGUCUGUUCCAAUAAUGUCUGUGAUGGCAGACCAGCAAGCAGCCACAUUCGGAGAGUGUUGCUUUGAUAAGGGUGAUGUGAAGAUCACUAUGGGAACAGGGACUUUCAUGGACAUCAAUACAGGGAACAAACCCCACACUUCUUUCACAGGCUUGUACCCUGUUGUGGGCUGGAAGAUCGGAGCUGAUGUGACCUAUCUAGCCGAGGGUAACGCAGCGGACACGGGCACGGCCAUCAGAUGGGCCAAGGAACUUGAUCUGUUCUCAGAUGUGGACGAGACAGGAGAGAUGGCAGGUAGCGUGAAGGAUUCAGAUGGAGUGUGUUUUGUCCCGUCUUUCAGUGGUCUACAGGCUCCGCUCAAUGACCCAAGAGCAUGUGCUUCAUUUAUGGGCUUAAAACCAACCACUACCAGGAACCACCUCGUGCGUGCCAUCCUGGAGUCUGUGGCUUUCAGGAUCAAACAGCUUUAUGACAUCAUGCUGAGAGAGACUCAGAUUCCCGUCACAAAAAUCAGAGCGGAUGGGGGUGUAUGCUCCAACAAUUUUGUGAUGCAGCUGACUGCGGACUUGCUGGGACGAAGUGUUGACAGACCAAGCCACUUUGACAUGUCUAGUUUGGGGGUAGCCUUUGUCGCAGGAUUGGCAGUUGGGUUCUGGUCCAGUUAUGAAGAGCUGAAGUGUUUGCGGAGAACAGAGCGUGUGUUUCUGCCACGCAGCACGUCUGGCACACUCACACACAGCCUGCGGAGAUGGGAAAGAGCUCUGAAACGCUCUAUGCAUUGGCUUAGGAUGGGCCGGAAUCUCCCAUUCCAGGUUGGCACAGCGUCCCUUGACCUCAAGGCUUUCCUGAGUAACCAGAAUCUGACCAAAGAUGCGGCCCUGACUGCUGGACCUGAAGGCUCGGGCAGCGUGCGUCUCUCUGGUGGACUGACCGGGGAUGCGGUGUUUUACGCUACUGCCUUCACGCCACCCGACUCGGACAAUGGGAUGCUCUCAUACUUCUGA